AUGGCAGAAACAGUGGACGAUUUAGAUGUGGACGAAUUGGAACAAUUGUUGCUUGAAGCAGAAAAUGAAGAUAAAGCAGAACGGGCAGCCGAAAACCCAAACGCCGAAAACGAAAGCUCUACCGACAGGCCGCUGCAACCGAAGCUGACAGUGGAAGGAUCGAACUUCUUGCUCCAGGAUACGGCGGAUCCAUCGGAUGCUGGCACUGGUCCAUCGGAAAGUGUGGUGAAAAGUACGGAUGUCGACUCAUCGGAUGACGAAGACACGAGGAACUUUCUCGAGCGUAAGUACAACCAGUACGGUCGGCAGAUAAAUGAUCUUUUGAAAUCGAAAGAAGAAGAAAAGAGCGAUCAAAAGCUAUCAAAAUGGGUCGAUCAAAAGUUGAGGCAAAUCCAACGGAGCACCGCGCAGGCUCCGGCACCAGAAACUUCGCCCCCCGCUGCGGGGAAGCCUCGCGACAGUCUGGUGCGGGCCGCUCCCGUUGAACAGUCCCCAAAGCAAACCGUACCGACCGUUUUCGAAGGGACCGUACACACGGAUCCUGUUUUCGGCAUCCGCAUCGUCCAUCCGCUGGUGUCCAGCCAAACACUGCAGGAACGCAUGGAGGGCAAAAAGGCAGUUCCGUUCGCUCGGCUGCGGAACUUUAUCGAAACGGGAGAUCUUCAGCAGGACUGGGUCAUCGGAGGCGUGCUGCUGAGCAAAAGUCCGACGAAAACCACCUCGAAGGGCAAGCAGUUUGCGAUCUGGAAGCUCAGCGAUCUUCACGGGGAAAUAAAGACGAUUACCCUGUUUAUGUUCGCCCAAGCGUACAAGGAUCUGUGGAAAACCCUCGAUGGAACCGUGGUCGCCGUGCUCAAUCCGAACGUGUUGAACAACAACAACGAUCGCAACUCGGAAGCGACCCUCUCGAUCGACCGCGCUACGAAGUUAAUGGUACUCGGACAAUCGCGAGACAUGGGCACUUGUCGCAGCCGAAAGAAGAACGGUGAUCGUUGCUCGGCGAUCGUAAAUCUAGGGAAAUGUGAAUACUGUGUGUACCACAUCAAGCAGGAGUACGGCAAAGCGUGCAUUCGGGGCGGCCUCCUAACGUCCACCGGCGGUCGUGGGUUGAACGAGCUGCGCAAUAAGGUGCUGGGCAAGAACGAGGUUUUCUACGCAGGGCAAAGUUUCAGCGCAAUCAAAGCGGUAAAGCACCCGAAGCAGGUCGCGAAAGAUCGUCAGCGAAUGCUAACGCUGUCGGAUUAUUACCGAUCACCCGCGGAAGGUAGCGCUGCGGGAAGUGCUUCGGCGAGUCCCGCUGUUCCUUCGUAUCGCCAAACGGCUAGUUCUUCCGGCCCACCGAAGGCUUCGGCGGCCCGCAUUGAACACAACGUUGAGCAGCGACUGAAAGAUGUGAAACGUUUGCAGAGUCUCGGAGUGUCGCUGGAUUCGCUGAAGGCAAACAUGGAAUCAUCCAAAGCCGUGCCAGCGGCAAGUUCGACCACACCGACACAACCGAAUGCAUUCGAGGGUCGCAAGUUUAGUCUCGAAAGCAAACCUAGCCUGAGCCGGGAAUCGUUCGACAUUGAGGUCACACAGCGAACACCGAUGGCCGCCAAGGCGUUACAAUCGCGCGAGCGUGCGAAGGCGAUCGUAAAACAAAAACCGAUCGAAAAAUCGAACCCUAACUUUAUCAAAUAUCGCGGGACGGAACAAGGGAAGAAACGGGUGCUGGAAGAGGUCACAAAGAAUACCGCAGUCGAGGAAAAUGCGGCCAAGCGACCGAAAGUAGACGAUACGGAAAGCGAAGUAGAACGAGCUCGCAAGGAUCACAUCCAACGCAUCAUGAAAGCGACAUCGUCUCAUGUGGACCUUAUCGAGGCAAGUGAGAACGCCCAGCAGGAUGAGUACUUUAAGACGCUCGAGCGCAAAGAGGCGAUGGAAGAGAAGAUGCUGAACACGUACAAGAUGGACUGCAAAGCCGUCAUCUGCAGUCAGUGCAAGUACGUUGCGUUUUCGGCUGCCAAGCGCUGCAAAACGGAAGGCCACCCGCUGCGGGUGCGUGAUGCUGAGAAGCGAUUUUUCCGGUGUGCCGACUGCGGCAAUCGCACCGUAAGCUUGUUCCGUAUACCGAAGAUCAGCUGCAAGUCCUGUAGCGGUUCCCGCUGGGAGCGGUGCGCAAUGAUGCGUGACAAACGGGGAAUGCAAAUUGGAGACGUGCUGUCAAUCCGGGGUGACGAGGAAAAGUAUCUGGGCAGCUUAGCCGGGGCCAGUGCAAGCCUCAACCUGCUGAUGCCGACCGACGAAAGCUGA